AACACGUCCAUGGAAAGCUACGCGUGAAUAAAGACACCAUGAUCGGACCUGAUGUUGUGGUUCUCGCGGCAUGGCCAGGCGCGUCGAGAGACGAGAUCGAAGUGUACACCAAUGCGUACAGACGGAGAUAUCCAGGAGCCAAAAUGGAAACACUCGCUGGAACAACAAGAGAUGCAUCUACCAUUUCGACCCAUGAGAAUGGCGACAUUCGGUGGUUGGGCGCAAACGAGUCUGUAUUGAUCCACAUGUUCGGACACGACGCAGCGGAAAGGGUGUGCGGCUUCCUUCGUGCCUUCUAUACGCAGACCGGGCGAGCCAUGAAUGUUCAGCAGCUCAUCUACGACUCUGCGCCCCAAUCUUUCCUGGCGACGACUUUCUGGCAACCAUAUCAAUUUCUCGUCUCCGCGUGCUAUCUGCUCUGCGCGCCGAUUCUAGGCGCAGACUCCCUGUACGAUGACCAGACUUGGACCAGGCACGAUUUGGAGGCCAGUUGCUUGCUGCCAGCAACAGUCAGACGAUGUUACUCUCCGAAUGUGUGUGAAUUUGGCGAUUCUGCAAUGGCGAUGGAGGCUGGAAUGAGUAACGUCACACAUUCUUCUUCCGGGAUUCCUGUAUAAGCAAUCAACGCCCUUGACAUUUUGCGGAAGCCUGAGAUCGGAGGCCUAGUCGCACCACAGCAGGGUGGCAUCGCAGACUCCGAAAUGCUUUGGAUCGACCAUCUCCCGGAUAGGCGCAGACAUGGCUC